UAUACAAAUCCAUUUAUACGGAGAACUGGGCCGUGCCUCCUCUUCCAUUGUUUCAAAGCAACAACACCAUGAGCACCCAAAUUUUCUUGAUGCUAGUCUUUGUUUUCCUUCCACCCUUUCUGUAUUUAUUAUUGCUGGGGCAAAGGAAGAAGCCUAAUCAUGAAGCUGCAAAGAGUAGGCUCCCUCCAGGUCCUAGAAAGCUGCCUCUGAUUGGGAACCUGCACCAGCUUGGUGGCAUGCUAUAUCGAUCGCUUCAGCGCCUUUCUGCUGAGUACGGACCGCUCAUGUUCUUGCAACUAGGCUUGAUACCAACUUUAAUAGUCUCCUCAGCAGACAUGGCAAGAGAGAUCUUCAAAACCCAUGAUCGUGUCUUUUCAGGAAGGCCAGUUUUUUACGCUGCAAAGAGACUUAGUUAUAAUCUCUCCUCUGUUUCAUUUGCUCCCUAUGGUGAUUACUGGAGAGAGGUCAGGAAGAUUGUGAUUUUGGAGCUACUUAGUGCUAAGAGGGUCCAAUCUUUUCAGUCUUUGAGGGACGAAGAGGUUGCACAUAUGCUUGAUUCUGUAUCUCUUUCUUCUGGCCCUGUCAAUCUUAGUGAAUUGACACUUUCGCUUGCAAAUAACAUCGUUUGCCGCGCGGCUUUUGGGAAGAAAUAUGAUGGUGGAGGAAGUGACAGCAAGAGUGGAGUGUAUCAGACUCUUCGUGAAACACAGGAGUUAGUGGGAGGAUUCUACAUAGCAGAAUUCUUUCCAUGGAUGGGUUGGCUCAACAAGUUUAAUGGUCAGGAAGCAAGGGUGGAAAAGAAUUUUAGACAACUGGAUGAGUUUUAUGAAAAAGUGAUUGAGGAGCACCGAAGCCCUAAACCUGGAAAUGAUGAAGAUCUUGUUGAUGUACUGCUUCGACUUCAGAAGGACUCAAAUCAGGAAAUCCCGCUCCAUAUUGACCAAAUUAAGGCUGUCCUCACUGACAUGUUUAUUGCAGGCACAGAUACAUCUUCAGCCACAAUAGUAUGGAUAAUGUCUGAGCUGAUAAGGAACCCAUCUGUAAUGCAAAGAGUGCAAGUUGAGGUGAGAGAAACUGUAAAGGGAAAACAACAGGUGGAAGAAAGCGACCUUCAGAAACUCAUUUACCUAAAAUCAAUUGUAAAGGAGGGAUUUAGACUUCAUCCUCCAGUCCCAUUACUUCUUCCCAGGGAAACAACUGAGAGUUGCACGAUUGGAGGGUUCCAUAUUCCAGCAAAUACAAGGGUGUUUUUCAAUGCCAAAUCCAUAGGAGAAGACCCAAAAUAUUGGAAGAAUCCAAAAGAGUUUAGACCAGAGAGAUUCUUGUUGGAUAGCUCAGUGGAUUUUAAAGGACAACACUUCGAGCUGUUACCAUUUGGAGCUGGCCGCAGGGGUUGUCCUGGAAUACAAUUUGCUACCCAGCUGAUUGAACUUGCACUGGCAAAUCUGCUCCAUCGUUUUGAUUGGGAAAUGGCUGAUGCGGUAAGAAGGGAAGAACUGGAUAUGGAAGAAGCAGUUGGGCUUACAAUGCACAAAAAGGUUCCUCUUCUCCUGAUGGCUAAGCCACCGACUUUUUAAUAUUUAUUACCUAAGCAGCAAUAUAUAUUUGAUGUUGUUUAAGUGU